GCUGAGAGCUCUGAGAGGAGCUAGAAGAGGGAGAAGCAGCCAGAAGCAGACAAGAGUUGGAGGCAGACCAGGAGCCCGAACCCGAGUUAGAGUCGAAGGUGUUUUUACUAAGGAGCAGAAACUAAAGAAGUUGAAAAGAUGAUGGUUAUCUUGGGACUGCUCACCUCCUUCCUUUCCUUCCUGUAUGUGAUAGCUCCAUCCAUCAGGAAGUUCUUCGCUGGUGGGGUUUGUAGAACAGACGUGCAGCUUCCUGGGAAGAUAGUGGUGAUCACUGGCGCCAACACUGGCAUCGGCAAGGAGACGGCCAGAGAGCUCGCUCGCAGAGGAGCCCGAGUAUACAUUGCCUGCCGAGAUGUGCUCAAGGGGGAGUCUGCUGCCAGUGAAAUCCGAGCUGAUACAAAGAACUCCCAGGUGCUGGUGCGGAAACUGGACCUAUCGGAUACCAAAUCCAUCAGAGCCUUUGCUGAGGGCUUUCUGGCAGAGGAAAAGCAGCUCCAUAUUCUGAUCAACAAUGCAGGAGUGAUGAUGUGUCCAUAUUCCAAGACAGCUGAUGGCUUUGAAACCCACCUGGGAGUCAACCACCUGGUCCACAGGCCGACACUCUACCCACUGAGCAAAACCAGCCAGGGCAGCCACUCCACUCUUCAAUCUUCCCUGCUGGCUCUCCUUGCAGGCCACUUCCUUCUCACCCACUUGCUCCUGGAGCGGCUGAAGGAGUCCGCUCCUGCACGGGUGGUGAACCUGUCAUCAGUGGUCCACAUUGCUGGCAAGAUUCGCUUCCACGACCUCCAGGGUGAGAAGCGCUACAGCCGUGGUUUUGCUUAUUGUCACAGCAAGUUGGCCAAUGUGCUUUUUACUCGUCAGCUGGCCAAAAAGCUCCAAGGCACAGGGGUCACCACCUACUCGGUGCACCCGGGCAUCGUCCGCUCCGAGCUGGUCCGCCACUCCUUCCUGAUGUGCCUGCUCUGGCGGCUCUUCUCCCCCUUCCUCAAGUCAGCGCGGGAGGGGGCGCAGACCAGCCUGCACUGCGCCCUGGCUGAGGGCCUGGAGCCCCUGAGCGGCAAGUACUUCAGUGACUGCAAGAGGGCCUGGGUGUCUCCAAGGGCCCGAAAUAACAAAACUGCUGAGCGUCUGUGGGCCGUCAGCUGUGAGCUUCUAGGAAUUCAAUGGAAGUAGAGCUGGUGGAAGAGCCACGGCUUUAUCAGGUCUGGUUCGUGCCAUCAUGAAGGGGGACCAAGAAGGCCAACCCUGAGGAUGGUCCUCCCGGCUGGCUGCUGCUGUGAAUCCUGUCCUCCUCUGAUUCUCCUGACCCUUCUGGAAACCUCUGUAUACCCAACCCUCUUGUGAGGCUGGCUCAUGGCAUCAGAUGUUCCCAUCUACAGAGCAUUCUUCUCCAAGACUUGCAGUCGGCCUCCCUCUCGGGGCAGGAGGAGGAGGCAGAUGCCAGGCUGAGCACAGGGAUGGCAAAAGAGACUGGGAAACUGGGUCAGUUUCCUCACCAGGACCAGAAACGCCAGCCAGCAGGCUCAGCUGAGGUGGCAGGAGCACCAGCGUUACGUAUUUCCAGGGACUAUAGACUCAAACUUUUGACUAAUCUCUCCUCUUUAAAUUCUGGUCACAACUCUGGAGUCUGGACCAACUCAGGAAAAUCCUGGCUUAACCUUGGCCAACUUUGGUUCCUUCCUCUGAGCACCCUGGAGUCCCUGCAUGAAGCUGGGCCUUCCCAUUUUCUUUUUCCACUUCUUUUUUAGAAAUUGAAAAAAAAUUUCUAGCUUUAUUGAGAUAUAAUUUUUAAUCAUGUAGAUGGUUUCAUUUUCAAAAGCAUUC